CAGAGACAAGGAACCGGAGCUACAAAUGGAAAAGACAAGACAUCUGGUGAGAAUGAUGGGCAGAAGAAGGUUCAAGAGGAAUUUGACAUAGACAUGGACGCGCCAGAGACAGAGCGGGCGGCCGUGGCAAUACAGUCCCAGUUCAGAAAAUUCCAGAAGAAAAAAGCGGGGUCCCAGUCUUAGUAGCUACCUCACAGCUUAAAACAAAGUAAUCCUGAAAUGAUUUAUCAAGAAAAUCAGAAAUAACACGAAGAUGCAUGUACAGAAAUUAUCGAUAUUUAAAACCCCAUUGGCAGAUAACAAACCAUGAGCUUGUGUGUGACUUCAUCCCAGGUGUUUCACGCCCAUUAUCCUCUGUAACUCACCAUUUUACUUGAUGUUGUAAUAAAAAGUUAGG